CGGCUUCCUGUUUCGCUUUAAUUUUAACUCUGCAGGUCUUUGCUGGGAUAUUGUUUUGAUUUCUUGUCUCCUCCCCCUCUUCCCCCCCCCCCUCCAAGGGCUUGAUGGAAAUUGAGGCGCAUGGCUGGAAAAUUCAGGUAAUCCAGCAGGUGGGAGAAGCGGUGGCUCCUCCCAACCUGCUUUUUCGUGACGUCAUUUGGACGAAGACCCUGGUAUUAGCCUUACGCUCACGAAUCAUCUACCGGUAUGUCCCAAAAUCAGAAGGAGUUGGUAGGCCUGAGUCGGCUUGAAUACUUGCAGGCCUUAGUCACUGAAUUCCAAGUGACAGAUAGUUCAGAUGCCAAAGAGCAAGUUUUGGCUAAUCUGGCCAAUUUUGCUUAUAACCCCCAAAAUUAUGAAUAUCUGCGGCAGCUCAAGGUCUUGGAUCUGUUUCUAGACAUGCUCACUGAGGACAACGACAGUCUUGUGGAAUUUGCACUUGGAGGACUGUGUAAUCUCUGCCUGGACAAAAUCAACAAAGACUAUAUACUAGAGGCUGGUGGAGUGUCAGCUGUUGUCAGCUGUCUGGCCAGUGCCAAUGAAGAGACAGUCCUGUCUGCAGUUACAACUCUGAUGUACUUGUCCACACCCCAGUCCCGCCAAGAGAUCACCACCCUCCCUGUGAUCGAGUGCAUGCUGCGCUUCUCCCUCUCAAACAACAAAAGGCUGAAAAACUUGGCCACUAUUUUCCUUGAGGAUUAUUGCAGCCCCCUUCAGGUGGAGCAGGCCAGGAGCCUAACCAGGCACACAGCAGUCGGGAUUCCACUGCCAAGGAUGAAUGCAGCCCAGGAGGCAGCCAACAAGAUCCUCCCUGAAUUAGGAGCAGGAUUCUUUCCUGACACACAUCCCAAAGGAAAAGCGAAAGAAUUCGCGGCAGUAUAAAGGCAAAUGAUGCAGUUCCUGGCAGAAAUGAAGAUAUGGGAAAACACCUAAGAACCAGCGUUAUGUCUCCCUGGUGACAUAAAAGCAAGAAAUAAUAAAAAGCAAAGCCACCCUUAACUCUUGGAUAGUUUUGA